ACCCGUGAACAUCACCAAACCAUCCAACGACAAAAAACAAAUUCCUCGGCAUCUCCGCAUCUUCUCUGAUGCUCUCUCCCUCUCCCUCUCCCUCUCUCUCUCUCCUGAGUGUUUCGCGUCACCGUCACCUUCAAAGUCUCUGUUUUUCGGCUUGCCAUCGCGUGCAAGUUGCAGCCCUAUAUCAGCCAAGAAAGGUUGCGUAUUUGUUGUCGUCGCCAUUGGCACUAGGUUCGGUGGCGUUGGAGUUUUCGGGUGGCUUCGAUUUCGGCUUUUACGUAAAGCCGAUCGUUCGAAGCUCGAGACUUUCUCCGCCUCCGAAGGCCUUCAAAUAGGGGGAUCGAUUUUGAAGGAAUCCUCAUCCGGGUCUUGUGUCUCAGCCGGUGGUUCUUCUAUAUUUCAGAUUGUUGAGAAUUCUUGUUUGGUCUCGAUCAGAGAAUGGCAAGCAAAAGGCUUAAGAAAUCGGAAUUAUCUUCUGAAACGAUGGAGAGCCAUCAGCAGCAAGUGUCCACGCAUGAAGGAAAAGGGAAGAGGUUGUGGAAGAAGGUGAAGUAUCAGCUUGUCGAAUACCACUCUUUACCCGCGUAUUUGAGGGACAAUGAGUACAUCGUCGGACAUUACCGAUCCGAGUGGCCUUUGAAGCAAAUUUUGCUUAGCAUCUUCACCAUUCACAACGAGACGCUGAACGUUUGGACCCAUCUGAUUGGAUUCUUCAUAUUUCUUUCCCUCACCAUAUAUACUGCUUCUAAGGUUCCGAAUGUUGUGGAUAUUCACUCUUUACAUCUCCCUGAUGUACUGAAAAAGGCCGAUCUACACAAAAUUCAUGCAGAACUGAUGACAUCCCUCCCUUCCUUGCCUAAUAUGCCUGAUCUGCACAAGCUCAGGGAAGAGUUGAAGACUUCCUUGCCUUCCAUGGAUUUGUUGCCAUCGUUAUCUGGCUGGCAUGUGGUGGAACUUCUGUAUAAUUGUUUGCCUGAGCGGUUCUCCCAUAAUCACACUGAUGUUUGUGUUCUGCGGAGUAUGAAAGAGGAUGUGCUGAACAUGAUAGCUCCACUUGUGACCAGACCCAUUACACGGUGGCCCUUUUUCGUGUUUAUGGGUGGGGCAAUGUUCUGUUUGCUAGCCAGCAGCACAUGCCACCUCCUAUCGUGCCAUUCUGAGCGCUUGUCAUACAUCAUGCUCAGGCUUGAUUAUGCCGGAAUUGCUGCUCUUAUAGCCACUUCAUUUUACCCACCCGUUUAUUAUUCGUUCAUGUGCAAUCCCUUCUUCUGCAACCUUUACAUGGGAUUCAUAACCAUUUUGGGUAUAGCCACUAUCUUGUUUUCCCUCUUGCCAGUCUUCCAGAACCCCGAGUUCCGCACAAUACGGGCAUCGCUCUUCUUCGGGAUGGGAUUCUCUGGAGUAGCGCCUAUCCUGCACAAGCUCAUCUUGUUCUGGCACCACCCUGAGGCCCUCCACACUACCGGGUACGAGGUUCUGAUGGGAGCAUUCUAUGGUCUCGGAGCUCUUGUUUAUGCCAUGAGGAUACCAGAGAGGUGGAUGCCCGGAAAAUUCGAUAUUGCAGGACAUAGUCAUCAACUCUUCCAUGUAUUGGUGGUGGCAGGCGCGUACGCACACUAUCGUGCAGGUUUGGUUUAUCUUAGAUGGCGGGAUCUGCAAGGAUGUUAAACCCGGGAUGAGGAGAUGGUGCAUUAGUAAAAGAGAGGAGCUCUGUAUGUAUUUGACUCCUGUCGAUGAUUUCUCUGUAAAACUAAGCAAAACUAAGUCAACAUGUAAACCUGGGAGUUCCUUUGUUUCAAGCAAGUAGACGAAAAAACAAGUAAGCACGAGUAGAGUCUUCCAUGCUGUAUUUGGGUUUUUUUGUCACCAUAUGAAGGUGGCUGUUCUACUUAGCAAGAAAUUGUAAUUUCUCAGCAUGUUAAGCAUUACUUUCUUCCAUGUGAACAAGAAUUACUCUC